ACCCAAUAGGACUGUAGAGGAAUAACUCCAGCUGCUGUCUGGAUCAGCAGAACAGACACACUUACAGCUCUGAGCAACCAGCAAGAGGGGUGGAUAUGCAGUUGCCUUUGGUGCUACUACUGGCUGCACUAGCCACACAGGCUUCUACAUCUAGACAACGGGAAUGGGCUCAUCAUGGAGCCUCAAUGUUCGCUGAUCUUACUCCUAAUGAGAUGAGGGCCGUUAGAGACUAUCUCCACUCCUGUACUGAGCUGGGCCUUACCUCAGCCAAAAACAAGCACCUGAAAAAGAACAGCAUCCUUCUUAUAGAGCUGCAUGUUCCUCGCAAGCAUGUGGCCCUUCGAGCAUUGGACAGAGGCCAAGCAAAACCACCACGUCAGGCUCGUGUUGUGGUACAGUUUGCUAACCAGGCCCAGCCUAACAUAACAGAGUUUGUUGUCAGCCCCCUGCCUUUCCCAGAUUUCUAUCAGGUCAAGACGUUUAAAGGUGACCGACCCAUCGGCUUUGAGUCACGGCCUAUUACUUCUGUAGAAUAUGGGCAUUUGGACAAAAUCUUAAAGAAAAUCGCAAGUAAAGUAAACAAAAUUCUGUAUGAAAGCACAGGUUUCACUUAUGGAAACUGCACAGAUCACUGCUUGACCUUCUCAGACAUAGCGCCUCGUGGCCUGGAAUCAGGAGAGAGGAGGACAUGGAUAAUGCUGCAGAAGUUUGUAGAAGGGUACUUCAUACAUCCGGUGGGAUUUGAGGUUCUUAUCAACCACAAAGACUUGGAUCCAGAAAAAUGGACUGUAGAGAAAGUGUGGUACAAUGAACAGUAUUUUGACAGUUUAGAAGAGCUGGUGGAAAAAUAUGAAAAAGGAACCGUCCCAAAAAUCAAGCUACCUGAGCAUGACGAGCAUGAUCUUUAUUCCACCUUCAUUCCUCGAGGAAAGAGCAAUACAAACUCAAAUAUCCAUGGACCAAAGCUUGUUGAGCCUGAAGGACAUAGAUACAGGAUAGACAGAAACUUUGUGGAGUAUGCAGGAUGGUCUUUUGCCUACCGUGUCCGCUCAUCUGCAGGUAUUCAGGUCUUUGAUCUUCGCUUUAAUGGCGAAAGGAUUGCCUAUGAGGUCAGCCUGCAAGAAGCCAUAGCUUUCUACUCUGGAGACACACCGGCUGCAAUGCAAACGAAAUACAUCGAUGCUGGCUGGGCAAUGGGAACCUCUGAUUAUGAGCUCGCACCAGGUAUCGACUGUCCAGAAAUAGCUACCUUUGUUGACAUGUAUCAUUUCUAUGAUACGGACAAGCCAGUGAGGUACAAGAAUGCACUAUGUAUCUUUGAGAUGACUACAGCAUUACCUCUUAGAAGACACUUCAACAGUAACUUCCAAGGCAGCUACAAUUUCUACGGGGGGCUUGAAAAUCAUGUUUUAGUUAUCAGAACCACUUCCACUGUUUACAACUACGACUACAUUUGGGACUUCUUGUUCUACCAGAAUGGAGUCAUGGAGUCACGAGUUAGUGCCACUGGGUACAUCCAUGCCACAUUUUUUACUCAAAAUGGACUAAACUACGGAACCAGGGUUCAUAACUAUGUUCUAGGAAAUAUGCACACACAUCUUAUUCACUACAAAUUGGAUCUGGAUAUUGCAGGGCGAGAAAACAGCUUUGAGUCACUGGACCUUAAAUAUGUCAACUUCACCAACCCCUGGAGUCCCAAACACACCAUUAAACAAUCCAUCCUCGCCAGAACUCAACACGAAACAGAACGCAGUGCUGCCUUCCGCUUUGGAAAGAAGUUCCCUCGCUAUGUGCAUUUUUACAACCCCAACCAGCAGAAUAAGUGGGGACACCAGAAGGGUUACCGUAUUCAGUUUAACUCGCACGCCCACAGUGUGCUACCCCAGGGCUGGGAAGCAGAGAAUGGCAUUCCAUGGUCAAGAUAUCCUUUGGCUGUAACUAGACAUAAGGACAGUGAGGCCACCAGCAGCACCAUUUACACCCAGAAUGACCCUUGGAAUCCUGUGGUGUCGUUUGAGGACUACAUCCGCAACAAUGAAAACAUUGUGAACCAGGAUUUGGUUGCCUGGGUCACUGUGGGUUUCUUACAUAUUCCCCAUUCUGAAGAUAUUCCCAAUACAGCAACUCCUGGAAAUGCUGUAGGCUUCUUCCUCAGACCCUUCAACUUCUUUAACGAGGACCCCUCUCUGUCAUCCCGAAAUACAGUCAUUGUGCGACCGGAUAAGGAGGGUAAACCAAAAGUGCAAAGAUGGACUUCAGAGGUUGUAGGUCACUGUGUUUCAGAUAAGCCUUUUUUCUAUAAUGGUACAUAUGGUGGUGUAUAGACAUCUUCUAAAGUGUUGAGGUAAUUCUGUAUUAGGGUUAUUAUUAGUGUUUUAUGAAAAAUCUUUAGGAUAGGCAGAAUGCAGUAGGUACUGAUGUCUGAUAUGAUCCUAUUAUAUUAUAUGCAAAUAUUAAUAUACAGAUACCAUCGUUUUUUGUGUAUUACAAAACUUUUGGAGACUAAUACUUACGAAA